AUGGUCUCUCCUUAUUUAGAAGACUUACUCUCGAAGAAGAGCUCCGUUAGAGAAAGAGCCCUGGAGAUAUUGGUUGAGGAAUUCGAGACCCAUGUGCGUUACGAAUUGGCAGAGAAUCAUUUUUUCACUAUGGUAUAUCAAUGUAAAAAUUGCUUGAAACGGGGUUCUGCUCUGGAGAUCGAUUUAGCUUUACAUCUAAUAGCGUUAGUUGUCCUUACCCUUGGUGCGGGUGAUAAUGCACAUGAGGUUUAUGAAGAUUCACUUGUGUUUCUUCCUCGACUACUGAUCAAGUCCAAAUUAUCUCUUGCGAUCAACGUGAUAGAGUGUCUGUCUAUUGUCACUAUCGUUGCUGCCAGAGACUUUGCAGAGACCGAAAUAUCAAUGGAAAUUAUAUGGAAAUUCAUGAAUCAAGAAAGCAAACUUCCAUCUUCUGUGAUUGCUGCAGCAAUAUCAAACUGGGCUCUCCUCCUUUCAGCCACUGAUCGAUGGAGCAUUAGCCACCAAUUGUGGAAAGGGUUGAUCCCUUACCUUCUAAAACAACUAGAGGAAGAUGAUGAUGAACAUGUUAUUGUUGCUAGCAUUGAAGCACUUGCUUUAAUCUUUGAAAAUGGAAGUCUUCAGAAAUUUUCAUUUCUGAAAGGAAAAUACUCGAGUACAAAGUCUAUGAAAGAUGGCAUAAUGGAGCAGCUAAAGAGAGUGUGCAAUGGCACCAAACAGAAUACUUCAAAAAUUCUGGAGGAUGAUUACGAUAAGACAAGCACUCUCACUUUAGGCAGAUCAAGAAUCACAAUUAGCACCUGGUCACAGCUGAAACAGGUAAAUUACAUAAGAAGAUUUUUAGGCUACGGUUUCACAAAUCACAUGAUGGAAAACGAACAUCUCCAAAAUGUUUUUCGCUUUGCACCAGCAACGACGGAAUGUAGUGUUGAUAGUGAUGAUUUUGAACUGAACAAACCAGAAUUUGAAAAGGUGUGUUUUCGAGUUUUUAUACCUGAAGUAAGAAGUAGGAAAUGCGCAAAGAGGAUUCACAUGUCACCAAGUUCUCUGCUGAACAAGGGAAAGACUAAGUUGCGAAACAAGUACAGAAGUUUUGCAGAGGAGACCAAGGCUGGGUACAUUGUUGAUGAAGAGCUUGACUAA